AUGGCCAUCUUCGGGCUCUGGGUCAUCAACAAAGCAGGAGGCCUUGCCCAGCUGACAUCUAAUGAGUACCUCGUCCUCGCCGGUACACUGCACGGUAUCCACGCUAUUACAAGUCGUCUAUCACCGAUGGGACCAAGUUCAGGUGCUCAGGUUAUCGAAGGAGAGUCCUUCAAGAUGACAAUAUUACUCACGGCUACAGGAACGAAAUUUGUUCUUUUGACAUCCCUGGCAGAGCUCUCAGCGGAAUCAAUAUUGCAGAAAGUUCACGAAGCGUACGCCGACGAUGUGAUGAAGAAUCCUUUUCACACUCCAGAGAUGCCCAUUCGGAGUGAAGGCUUUGACCUCCGAAUCACUUCACUUAUUGGAAACGGACAACUAUGA